GGGUGCGCGUGAUGACGUCAAGGGGCGGGGCCUCGGCGGCGGGAAGAGGCGGUGGGAGAAUGGAGGUGCAGGAAAGCAGCGGUGGAGCGGAAGAGCUCGGGGCCCAAGACCCGUCCCCUGCGCCCAGCAAGGCCCCCAGUAGCACCGGUCACUACGAGCUGCCAUGGGUUGAAAAGUAUAGACCAGUAAAGCUGAAUGAAAUUGUUGGGAAUGAAGACACUGUGAGCAGGCUGGAGGUGUUUGCCAGAGAAGGGAACGUGCCCAACAUUAUCAUUGCUGGCCCCCCAGGAACUGGGAAAACUACAAGCAUCCUGUGUUUGGCACGAGCCUUGCUGGGCCCGGCACUUAAGGAUGCCGUCCUGGAACUCAAUGCUUCCAAUGACAGGGGCAUUGAUGUUGUGAGGAAUAAAAUCAAAAUGUUUGCCCAGCAGAAAGUCACCCUUCCCAAAGGUCGGCAUAAGAUCAUCAUCCUGGAUGAAGCAGACAGCAUGACUGAUGGUGCCCAGCAGGCCUUGCGGAGAACCAUGGAAAUCUACUCCAAAACGACGCGCUUUGCCCUUGCUUGUAAUGCUUCAGAUAAAAUCAUAGAGCCCAUUCAGUCCCGGUGUGCAGUGCUCCGCUACACAAAAUUGACAGACGCGCAGAUCCUGGCAAGGUUAAUGAACGUGAUCGAGAAGGAGAAGGUGCGGUACACUGACGACGGCCUGGAAGCCAUCAUCUUCACUGCCCAGGGAGACAUGAGGCAGGCGUUGAACAACUUGCAGUCCACCUUCUUGGGAUUUGGCUUCAUUAACAGUGAGAAUGUCUUCAAGGUCUGCGAUGAGCCCCACCCCUUGCUCGUCAAGGAGAUGAUCCAGCACUGUGUGAAUGCUGAUAUCGACGAAGCCUACAAGAUUCUUGCUCACCUGUGGCAUCUUGGUUAUUCACCAGAGGACAUCAUUGGUAACAUUUUUCGAGUGUGUAAAACCUUCCAGAUGGCAGAAUACUUGAAACUGGAGUUUAUUAAGGAAAUUGGAUACACUCAUAUGAAAAUUGCAGAAGGUGUGAACUCCCUCCUGCAGAUGGCUGGGCUCCUGGCCAGGCUGUGUCAGAAGACAAUGGCCCCAGUUGCCAGUUAGUGCGGAGGCGUCGUCCUUGACUGGGCUGCGUGAGUCCUCGUUCCUGAGAGACAGGGGUCACAGCCUUCUGACUUGGAGACGAUGCCUCAGGCUGGUGCUGGAGUGUGUCUCCUUUAAACUACCACUGCUGCUGGCGCAUCUCACAUCUCUCAGCUGCUUAGACUCACAGGUGUGUGACAGGCAGAAAGUCCCCAGAGAGACUCAGGGGCACGGCAUGGGAUCUCUGUGUGUGCUGGCAUUAUAUAAUAAAGCCUUUCAAUGUGGA